AGCACAGUUCUGCAGAGGACCAGCGACGCGCACCUCCUGCGGGCCUGCUUUCAGCCAAAAUGAGCGGCUCGGAAGAGAGCGGCACCCUCCCGGUCGCUGAAACCUGCCCCCUCGCUCCUCCUGAUGAUGUCCCGGGACGUCCAGGCCCGAGCCUAGGCCUGGGCGACCAAGCCGCGUUAAAACCAGAGAUGGCGGAGACAGGUGAGAGCAUCGUGGGGACCGGCGCGGAGGGAGGCGCACUCCGGGAACCCGCAGACUGUGGCUUAGCGCUCCGCAUCCGAGUGGCUGGGUGUCCCGUCUGCGCCGCCACCCAAGCGGUGCAGAAAGAGGCCUCGCCUUCCACCCCGGGCCUGGAUGCAAGCUUUGCAGCCGCCGCCGCUGACAAUACCCAAGAAAAAGACUGUCCCCGCAGAGAGCCCCGUGGCCUGGCCGAGGAGCAAAUACUAGAAGCUUGUGGCGCAGUGGAAUUGGGGUCUCCUCUCCUGGCUGGGGCAAAGGUCAAGGAAAUGACGAAAAAGUGCGCAGCUGAAAAGGAGGGAGGAGCAGCGGAGAUGGUGGAAGAAAAAGGGGUGCAGAAAGAAAAGGAAGAAGGAAAAGAGGAGAGGAGGACCAAGGGCCCCAAGAUGCAUAACUGCAUGGACUCUCUCGAGGCCAUUGAUCUGGAACUGUUGCAAGUGAAUGCCCAGGCUGACAGGGCCUUUCUUCAGCUGGAACGCAAGUUUGGCCGAAUGCGAAGGCUCCACAUGCAGCGCAGAAGCUUCAUUAUCCAAAAUAUCCCAGGUUUCUGGAUCACCGCCUUUCGGAACCAUCCUCAGCUGUCGCCUAUGAUCAGUGCCCAAGAUGAAGAUAUAAUGAAGUUUAUGAAUAAUUUGGAGGUGGAAGAGCUCAAACACCCGAGGUCAGGCUGCAAGUUUAAGUUCAUCUUCCAAAACAACCCCUACUUCCGAAAUGAGGGGAUUGUCAAGGAAUAUGAGCGAAGAGCCUCUGGCCGAGUGGUGUCUCUUUCUACGCCAAUUCGCUGGCACCGGGGCCAAGACCCACAGGCUCACAUCCACCGGAACCGAGAAGGAAAUGCUAUCCCGAGUUUCUUCAACUGGUUUUCAGACAACAGCCUCCUUGAAUUCGACACGAUUGCUGAAAUUAUCAGAGGAGAACUUUGGUCCAAUCCCUUGAAGUAUUACCUGAUGACCGAUGGGCUCCGCAGAGGUGUGCGGGACCCAGUCAGACCUCCAGUGGAGAGCGCCAGGUCUUUUAGGUUCCAGUCCGGCUAACUUCUGCCCCUUGUAGAAGGUCCUGCUCAAGUUUCCAUACCACCUCUUGAACUCACGCUUAGCCAUCAGCCUGCAGCCUUCCAACUGCUAUCUUUUCAGACUGAAUUUUGCCCUUUGAUUCUUCAACAGUCUUCUGAAUCCAUCAGUUGCAGCAUUGACACUUGUAUGCCAAUGAUCUCUUUCUUCUGGGCCUUCAUACUGUUCUACACCCAGUUACACGUUCCACGCGCAUUCCCUUCCACUACUUCUAUGCCAAAUCAAGCCGCUGUAGAUAAACACAUUUCUUCCUUUGUAUGCAAGACUUGGCUCCUUUCUGUGAUUUCAGGUUUUUCAGUGGUUAUCUACCACAGAGAAUCUUGAUACAUAAUUACAAAUUACUGGACUUCACAUUUUAAAUCCGUUUUUGAGUUUCAGCUGUGUAAGUUGAUGCUGAUAUAAAUGAUGUCAGCCUUCAACCCAGACUUGACAUUUUUAGGUAACCUAUGGUUAACUAGCUUCUAGCAACUUUUCUGGGCCCAUGCCAUGAAUCCUGCUGGUUAUCUGGUAGAAUCAGGUUGCUUAGAGGUGGCUACUAGGCAUGGAUGAGGUAGCAGAUGAGAGGUGUUCUGUAAUGCUUUUGGUCACACUGCA